CGCCCAAUGGCUCACCAUCGUGAUCAUGUCGUGGAUCGCGCCUGUUGGGACAUCAUUCAGCACCUAAGCAACAUGCCGCUUUCAAUGCAACACCGUAUGGAGUGGACCCUCGCUUGUCAGCGCCUAGAGCAUCAUGCAAGUUGUAAUCUUCAGCUUUCACAAAAAUGUCUCUUUCGAUCCGUGCUCAAUGGCGUGUGUUGCCAAUACUUGAGAGAUGCUGCUGUUGCUGUCGUUGCUUGUGUGGAAGCUUCAGACCCACCAAGCCAUUGAUCUCAGAGUUCCUCGACAGUUGGUUAACGAUCGAACAGGGGCAAAGCCGCUAGAAAAAACGUUACCGGCGCCACCUGUCAGCCACAGCAUGGGCGUGCCGUGUUCGCAAGGAUAUAUAUUGCUUGGUAUCUCCAUAAGAGUUGCACAUGCAAUAAACCUGCCUUAUCAUCUGUUUCCACAGUAAUCAGUCUCUGGAUCAUGCAGCCACCAAUAUUGAUUCGAAUGCCACCAUGCCAUAUGCAUUGGUGAAACAAACUUUCGUACCACUCGAGAUAUGGAUUUCUGUAUGCUUUCUGUAGUGAUUGGGACGGCCCGUCUUUUCCCAUGAAUCUUGUGUUCUCUCAGGACACUGACAUGUAUGCGGGAGGAAACGUCAGUGUAGGUGAUCACCAAGAAUUGUCGUCUAGGAAUCUC